ACUACGUAGCGCACGCGGGAAAAACAAAGACAGCCGGGUCUCAGGUCUUGAAAAAUAUUUCCCUAAAAUGCAAAUAUCCAAAUCGUUUAAGACAUAGUUGGAUGUAUUUUUAAUUUAUAAGUUGUAAGUAAUACAGAGGUUAUACCUAACGUUUAUUUUUUUUAAAAAAAGUUUUGAAUAGGUAACGUAAGAAAUGAUGGACACAGCAGAAACCCGAUUCGCCCACCUGCUACAGCCCAUCAGAGAUCUCACUAAAAACUGGGAGGUGGACGUGGCGUCUCAGCUGGGGGAGUACCUUGACGAGUUGGAUCAGAUAUGUAUUUCAUUCGAUGAAGGGAAAACCACCAUGAACUUUGCUGAGGCGGCACUGCUGAUUCAGGGAUCCGCUUGUAUUUACAGUAAGAAGGUGGAAUACCUUUAUUCUUUGGUGUAUCAGGCUCUGGACCUAAUCUCAAACAAAAAACGCGACAAGCAGCCAGUUUCUGUCGGACAAGAUGGUACAGAUAGUGAUGUCACAGUUGCAAACAAAGACCAGAUGGAGUUUUUGACCCUUGAUGACAUCAGUGAGAAGAAUUCACCAGCUGUUGACAUGAAAAAAGAUAUCGCUGAUGGUAUGGAGAUUGUUGCCCUCACACCAGAACCUCUGAUACCUGCUGAAGAGCUGGAGAAAAAGAAGAACCCUCUUUACAGCUGUCGUGGGGAGUUGCUUGCCAGCUGCAGGGACUUCCGCAUGAACAGUUGUACACCCCAUGCCAGUGGGAUCAUCCGGCUGGACCCAGGUCUCUCACCAUCACAUUUCUUAAAGGCAAAGACACAGUGGAAUUCUGAUGGAAGCUGUGGAGCUGCCCCUGAUGGCAAUGAUGAUGACGCCCCAUUACCAGUCCUUAACCUAUCUGCAGCACCAGAUGAGGAACCUGCACAGUUCCCUUAUGAGAACAGAAAUGAGGCCGAUGUCUUCCUACCUCUGGAAGACUGUGGGAUAGAGGUGGACCAGCCUCCCAGCCCACAUGUGGAUAGACAUCAGGCUCCCAAUGAGAAGCGAAUGCUAAGGGAAAGACCAGCUACUCAACACCCCCCAGAGCAGCAGAAGGAACUCCCAGAUCUUUGGCAAUGGCUGGACCCUUUCUCUACCUCAGAGGAGAAGCCUCUUAAAAUGGGGAAACAAUUCACCAUUCCACGGGGCGUGCAGGACGUGUCUGGAAACAAACGGAAGAGGAAAGGAACUUCCAAAAUUCAGGAUUUCAUGAGCUGGUUCAAUGGCACAUCAUCCGAAGCAUCUAACCAUAAACCAAAAAAGGGGCCUACCUUUGCAGACCUGUUGGAUAUUUACUGGAGUCACAUGAAGGAAAGACAGAAGAUGCAGAAAACUUUCCAGAGAAAAGCGGGUUUAAUGUCUUUUCCUAAUGAGCUGGAGCUAGAGGAUGCCGAGAGGCAGGCUGAAGAGCUGCAGGCUCAGCAUGAGAUGAUCCAGGACCAGGAUGCCGGGGAUGAUUUCUCUGACCAUGAGAACUAUUUAGAUGAGGAGCAGCCAGCAGUCUUGGAGGAGCAGAAUCUGCCCAUAACAGCUUCCCAAACGGAGAAGAUGAGCUAUGAGGACCUGGUCAGGAGGAAUGUGGAGCUCUUCCUCGUGAACUCUCAAAAGUAUGCCCAGGAGACGGUUCUGUCACGACGUGUGAAGGACUGGGAAGAGAAGAUCGGCCCUCAGCUGGCUGAAGAGGAGGAGAGGCCGCCUUUUGACAUUCACAGCUACGGCAACAAUGUGGUGUCCAUGUUCAGAGACAUUGGCCAGAGAUUGUCGUUCGCCUCUUUGGUACAAGGAAAGGACAAUCAUGAAGUGUGUCGUUACAUGCUAGCUUCAUUGCAGCUGGCGAACGACUACACCGUAGAGAUUGAGCAGGACGAAGGUCUGGAAGAGUCUCUUGACACCAUGACGCUAUCUCUACUCAGCAAGCAGAGAGCCCAUGAGCGUUUCCAAACCUACACGGCCCCUUCCAUUAACAACAUGCAGUGAGCUCAUUCUCUAAAUUUUAGUAUCUGCUACUGUGACUGAUUCUCAUUCAUUCACUCUCAUUGGAUUCAUUUAAGCACACAAAAUAAUUCUUGACUACAAACAUAUUGGAUGUCAUGUACAUAUUGCAGUAGGAAGUAAACAUGAAUUGUGUACAUAAUAUUGUUUUUGUUGACUGUAACAUUUAACUCCCUAACUCUUGUCUUAGGUACUCUUACCAUGUUUUUAUACCACAGUAGUAACAUUAACAUAGACUGGAAGACUGCUGACUCCAAAAGAACAACAUUCUCAGCUCAGUGCCACUCAAUUAUGACCAUGACGAGUUUUAAGUGCAUCCAGUCUGUCAGACUGUUAACGUUUUUGCUUUUGCAUAAAAACAGGGUAAUUGAACCAGUUCCAAUAAAGCCACAGUUUAAAAUUGUACAAUAAGUGGUUUAAACUUGUAAUUUUGAAUAUCAGUAUAAUUAUUUGUUUAAUAGUUGUCUCUCUGCUUCUGCUUUUUUCUCUUUCCCCCCAAAUAACUAUUUAAGCAUUAAAAAUCAGAAAAGAAAUUGAGUUUUAUAUAUUGUGGCACUUGUCAAUAAUGCCAUGUAUUUUUAUAUAUAUAAACUUGGGAUUUGAAAAGGUCCUAAACUACAAAUUAGUUUAGAUUCCCUACUGAAUUAGUUUUGGAGGAUGUGUAUUUCAUUCCAUCUUGCCCAAAGGAGGCGUUACGUUCACCGUAACUACAUGACAGCCUGAUUAUUGGAAAUGUACGGUCUCUUCAUGUUUUUUUGGUUUACUGUUGUACAGUAAUAUGAUAUUAUACAGUAAGGAUGCAAUUCUGAUGUGCUUCUGGUUCUUUUUCUAUCAGUAAGUAAACUAUUUAGAAAAAAAUAAAGUUUUUGAAAAAUGAAUACAUUA